AUGUUUAUCGAGAACUUUAAGGUUGACAGCCCCAAUGUUAAGUACACUGAGUCCGAGAUUCAUUCGUUGUACAACUAUGAAACCACAGAGCUUGUUCAUGAGAACAAAAACGGCACCUACCAAUGGACUGUCAAGCCCAAGACCGUCAAAUAUGAGUUCAAGACUGAUGUCCAUGUCCCCAAAUUAGGGGUUAUGCUUGUUGGAUGGGGAGGCAACAAUGGCUCAACACUUACUGGUGGUGUCAUUGCAAAUCGCGAAGGAAUUUCGUGGGCUACAAAGGACAAGGUGCAACGAGCCAAUUAUUUUGGCUCUCUUACGCAGGCAUCCUCAAUCAGGGUUGGGUCUUUCAAUGGAGAAGAGAUAUAUGCUCCAUUCAAGAGCCUACUCCCAAUGGUCAACCCAGAAGACAUUGUUUUUGGAGGAUGGGACAUCAGUAACAUGAACUUGGCUGAUGCCAUGGCCAGGGCUAGGGUAUUUGAUAUUGAUCUGCAGAAACAAUUGAGGCCCUACAUGGAAAACAUGGUCCCACUCCCUGGAAUCUACAACCCAGAUUUCAUAGCUGCCAACCAAGGUUCUCGUGCUAACAACGUGAUUAAAGGAACCAAGAAAGAACAAGUUCAACAAAUCAUCGAGGAUAUGAGGGAGUUUAAGGAGAAAAACAAGGUAGACAAGGUAGUGGUCCUUUGGACAGCCAACACAGAAAGAUACAGCAAUGUAAUUGUUGGGCUAAAUGACACUGUGGAAAAUCUCUUUGCCUCACUGGAGAAGAACGAGGCUGAGAUAUCUCCUUCAACCUUAUAUGCCAUUGCUUGUAUUCUUGAAAAUAUUCCUUUCAUCAAUGGUAGCCCACAAAACACAUUUGUUCCAGGCCUAAUUGAUUUGGCCAUCCAAAGGAACAGUUUGAUCGGUGGAGACGACUUCAAAAGUGGUCAGACCAAGAUGAAAUCAGUGCUUGUUGAUUUCCUUGUUGGAGCUGGUAUUAAGCCAACAUCAAUAGUGAGCUACAACCACUUGGGAAACAAUGAUGGCAUGAAUCUGUCAGCCCCGCAAACCUUCCGUUCCAAGGAGAUUUCCAAAAGUAAUGUGGUUGAUGACAUGGUUGCUAGCAAUGGCAUACUCUAUGAACCCGGAGAGCAUCCUGAUCAUGUGGUUGUCAUCAAGUAUGUACCGUACGUGGGAGAUAGUAAAAGGGCAAUGGACGAGUACACAUCGGAGAUUUUCAUGGGUGGGACGAACACCAUCGUGUUGCACAACACAUGCGAGGACUCUCUUCUUGCUGCUCCAAUCAUAUUGGAUUUGGUGCUGCUUGCUGAACUUAGCACUCGCAUACAGCUUAAAGCUGAAGCAGAGGGCAAGUUCCACUCAUUCCACCCUGUGGCUACCAUUCUCAGCUACCUCUCCAAAGCCCCACUUGUACCACCGGGCACGCCAGUUGUGAAUGCACUUUCGAAGCAGCGGGCAAUGCUUGAGAACAUAAUGAGGGCUUGUGUUGGAUUGGCACCAGAGAAUAACAUGAUUCUGGAGUACAAGUGA